AUGGCGGCGCCCUUGCGUGAGGAGGCGCGACCGUGUGCCCUGGGUCCCCUGACGGAACCCGGCUCCGAGGCGACAGCGUCUCCGGGGAGGAUGUGGCCGUAUUGCUUGCCCACGUCGACGUCGGGCGGGCGGCGUACGAACUCGACCGGCAAGGCGGCCGCGCCUACGGGAAGGCUGCGCCCCGGGCGCUGCCAUGUGUCCCGGGAACGUGGGGACUCGGCCGCCCAGCAGCAGCAGCAGCAGCAGCAGCAGCAGCAGCAGCAGAUCAAGCGGUCAGCCCGAAUGUGCGGUGAGUGCGAGGCCUGCCGGCGUACCGAGGACUGCGGCCACUGCGACUUCUGCCGGGACAUGAAGAAGUUUGGGGGUCCAAACAAGAUCCGGCAGAAGUGUCGCCUCCGUCAGUGCCAGCUUCGUGCCCGGGAAUCGUACAAGUACUUCCCUUCCUCGCUCUCACCGGUGAUGGCCUCAGAGUCCCUGCCACGGCCCCGCCGGCCACUGCCCACCCAACAGCAGACACAAGCGUCACAGAAGCUGGGGCGCCUCCGUGAGGAUGAGGGGGCUAUGGCAUCAUCAGUCAAGGAAGCACCUGAAGCAAUGGCCACGCCGGAGCCCCUCUCAGACGAGGACCUUCCAAUGGACCCCGACCUGUACCAGGACUUCUGUGCGGCAGCCUUUGAUGAUCACGGCCUGCCCUGGAUGAGUGACACGGAGGAGUCCGCGUUCCUGGACCCGGCCCUGCGGAAGAGGGCCGUGAAAGUGAAGCAUGUCAAGCGCCGGGAGAAGAAGUCAGAGAAGAAGAAGGAGGAACGAUACAAGCGGCAUCGGCAAAAGCAGAAGCACAAAGACAAAUGGAAACACCCCGAGCGACCUGAUGCCAAGGACCCGGCGACGCUGCCGCAGUGCCUGGGGCCUGGCUGUGUGCGCCCUGCCCAGCCUGGCUCCAAGUACUGCUCAGAUGACUGUGGCAUGAAACUGGCGGCCAACCGCAUCUACGAGAUCCUCCCCCAGCGCAUCCAGCAGUGGCAGCAGAGCCCCUGCAUCGCCGAGGAGCAUGGUAAGAAGCUCCUAGAGCGCAUCCGCCGGGAGCAGCACAGCGCCCGCACCCGCCUGCAGGAGAUGGAGCGCAGGUUCCAUGAGCUGGAAGCCAUCAUCCUACGGGCCAAGCAGCAGGCGGUGCGCGAGGAUGAGGAGAGCAAUGAGGGCGACAGUGACGACACCGACCUGCAGAUCUUCUGCGUCUCCUGCGGGCACCCAAUUAACCCGCGAGUGGCCUUGCGCCACAUGGAACGCUGCUACGCCAAGUAUGAGAGCCAGACGUCCUUUGGGUCCAUGUACCCCACACGCAUUGAGGGGGCUACUCGGCUCUUCUGUGAUGUCUACAAUCCUCAGAGCAAGACGUACUGUAAACGGCUACAAGUGCUCUGUCCAGAACACUCACGGGACCCCAAAGUGCCAGCCGAUGAGGUAUGUGGGUGCCCGCUGGUCCGAGAUGUGUUUGAGCUCACAGGCGACUUCUGCCGCCUGCCCAAGCGGCAGUGCAAUCGCCAUUACUGCUGGGAGAAGUUGCGUCGUGCUGAAGUGGACCUGGAGCGAGUUCGAGUGUGGUACAAGCUGGACGAGCUGUUUGAGCAGGAGCGUAAUGUCCGCACGGCCAUGACAAACCGGGCAGGGCUGCUGGCCCUGAUGCUGCACCAAACGAUCCAGCACGACCCACUCACCACUGACCUGCGGUCCAGUGCUGACCGUUGAGCCACACCUGCCCAGGCCCCUCACACCCUGCAUUCCUCCUCCAUUCAGCCGUUGGAGGGUUCCUGGAGUUUCCUGUGCCCUGUGGCCAGCUAUCAUUGGGCCAUCAUUGGAGGGUCUCAGAAUUUCCUUGUCCCUGUCUAUCCCCUGGUCUCUCUGUCCUCUGCGGCUGGGUGGGACUGUAGAGUAAGGGGUUACCUCCUCUCUCCUUGGGUUUUGUUAAUAAAAUUUGGAGAAAAACACAA